CCAGGCUCCACCACGCACAGACAACGAGCUCUGCCCCCACAGGCCAGCAGGCAGAUAGAUCCUCACCAUUUUCUCUUUCACUCGCAUCGGAUCUGCUCUCCCAUAAUACACUCUCGGGGUCUCGGUUGCCAGGAAUCACUGGAGCCGAGCGAGCGUGUAUAAAAGGCCGGCGCUUGGUCCUCCGAAGCCUGAACCUUGAAGCGCCCCGUAGUGCAGUGCAGUGCAGCAGUGUGCUACCUCCUCAGUCCUCUCACUCCAUCACAAACGCUAGUCUUCCUCUAAAGAGAUCUUUGGCAACGACCGACAGCUCGGAGCGAGUCUCAGAAGCGAUGGCGUCCAAGAGGCUGCUGCUGGCGGCGCUGUGCGUGGUGGCGGCGGCGCUGCUCGCCGUGCGGUCGGAGGCCCACGGCCUGGAGGACUUCGCAAGCAGCGACGCGACGCCGGAGAUGCAGACCUUCUUCAAGCCCGAGGCCGCGGCGCUCCCGGAGGCCCUGGACGCGUCCUCCAUGCCCGCCGCCACCAUGGCCGCGAAGCCGGAGGCCACGUCGAUCCCGACCACCACCACCGGCACCACGGCGGCGGCGGCGGGCACCUCCGCCGCGGCAGGCACUACUGCUGCGUCGCCGCCGCGCAGGUCCGUGUCCGUGGCCGCCGGCGUGGCCUGCGGCGUGGCUGCCGUGGCCGUGGUCGGCAUCGCGGCCGCCGUGGCGUACGUGGUGCGCGGCAGGCGCAGCAGGGAGGUGCAGCUCGGCUCCUCCCCGUGAGCACGCGCCCAGCGCCCCGGCCCGCUUUACAGACAGGCCGUCAUCGCCAUUAGGAUCUGGUUAAGCGCGUCGUCUAGCUCUGCGAUUUGUGUGGCUUUUGGGUUAGUGGUUGAAUUCUUUUUUUCGCGUGGGGUUGUCGGUGAAGAUCACGCUACCGGGUACGGACCAGCAGUGGUGCAUGUAACAUAAAUAACGCUGGUGGUAUUAGCGUCAUUGUUGUUGUGGCCUGUGUGUAUGGUGUCUAGACCUUUGCUAUAUAUUUUGAUUUCAGGA